GUCUGGCGCGCCCCGCCCCCUGGGCGGCCCUGGGCGGCAGAGAGCGGCUUAGAGCUUCGGGAUUCCUGUCUGUACAGUGGCGCGCCUAAUUACGCUAGCAACAGCAGCUCUGGGCCAUGCACCUGACCGACGUUACUUUUCCAGUCUGCAAGUAGGCCUCGCACACUAGGAGGGCAUCAAGCUUUGGUGUAUGUUUUGGCCAGUUCUGACUUCUUUUUGAAGGAGCACUGCAUUGAGGAAGAUCAAAACAAGAUUGUUUGCAAAUUAGAGAAUGGACCGUUUGGGUUCCUUCAGCAAUGAUCCCUCUGAUAAACCACCUUGCCGAGGCUGCUCCUCCUACCUCAUGGAGCCUUACAUCAAGUGUGCUGAAUGUGGGCCACCCCCUUUUUUCCUCUGCUUACAGUGUUUCACUCGAGGAUUUGAGUACAAGAAACAUCAAAGUGAUCAUACUUAUGAAAUAAUGACCUCAGAUUUUCCUGUUCUUGACCCCAGCUGGACUGCUCAAGAAGAAAUGGCCCUUUUAGAAGCUGUGAUGGACUGUGGCUUUGGAAAUUGGCAGGAUGUAGCCAAUCAGAUGUGCACCAAGACCAAGGAAGAGUGUGAAAAACACUAUAUGAAGCAUUUCAUCAAUAACCCUCUGUUUGCAUCUACCCUCCUGAACCUGAAGCAAGCAGAGGAGGCAAAAACUGCUGAUACAGCCAUUCCGUUUCUGUCUACAGAUGACCCUCCCCGACCUACCUUUGACUCCUUGCUUUCUCGGGACAUGGCAGGGUACAUGCCAGCUCGAGCAGAUUUCAUCGAGGAGUUUGACAAUUAUGCAGAAUGGGACUUGAGAGACAUCGAUUUUGUUGAAGAUGACUCGGACAUUUUACAUGCUCUGAAGAUGGCUGUAGUAGAUAUCUAUCAUUCCAGGUUAAAGGAGAGACAAAGGCGAAAAAAAAUUAUAAGAGACCAUGGAUUAAUCAACCUUAGAAAGUUUCAGUUAAUGGAACGGCGGUAUCCCAAGGAAGUCCAAGACCUUUAUGAAACAAUGAGGCGAUUUGCAAGGAUAGUGGGGCCAGUGGAACAUGACAAGUUCAUUGAAAGCCAUGCACUGGAAUUUGAACUCCGAAGGGAGAUCAAGAGGCUCCAGGAAUACAGAACAGCAGGCAUUACCAAUUUUUGUAGUGCCAGAACCUAUGAUCACCUCAAGAAGACACGAGAGGAGGAGCGCCUUAAACGCACCAUGCUCUCCGAAGUUCUCCAGUACAUCCAGGACAGUAGUGCUUGCCAGCAGUGGCUCCGCCGGCAAGCUGACAUUGAUUCUGGCCUGAGCCCUUCUAUUCCGAUGGCUUCGAAUUCAGGUAGACGAAGUGCACCACCCUUGAACCUCACUGGCCUCCCUGGCACAGAGAAGCUGAAUGAAAAAGAAAAGGAGCUCUGUCAGAUGGUGAGGUUGGUCCCAGGAGCCUAUUUAGAAUACAAAUCUGCUCUAUUGAACGAAUGUAACAAGCAAGGAGGCUUGAGACUGGCACAGGCAAGAGCACUCAUCAAGAUAGAUGUGAACAAAACGCGGAAAAUCUAUGAUUUCCUCAUCCGAGAAGGAUACAUCACUAAAGCCUGAGGCUCUGAGGGCUUGCGAUCAGAAAUCACAAGUUUGGAAUGUGUGGGCCAAAGGACAGUACGGGCAUUCUGGAGAGUUUCAUUUCUGAGCUGAAUUCUCAUUGUAAAAAGAGGGGAAGGACAAAGGAAACCUUAAGUUGUAUUAAUACCUACUUUUUUCUCUGCCCUGCUUUAAAACACUCCUGUUGUUGGUAUUGUGCUGCAGAGUUAUGUGCUAGAUAAGCUAUUAUUAAAUGUGAGUGGGCAUUUAUUCCUAACACCUCUUGUAGCUAAAACAAGAACCAUAGUACCUCACAUCAGAGUGUUGGUAGAAAUAGAAAUGAACCAGUCUUUAGUCCCAGGAGUCCAGCUCAGAUCUUUGUACUUGGGAGGUUGGUUUUCUGAUUAUCUGUUUCACCUUCAAACAUUACAGAAAGAUUUAAAAUAAAGAGAAAGGUUAUGGAGCAUGAGAAAGCUUUCUCUUCGGAAGAUUUCUUAAGCUGACAACUUCUGUUUAUGAGCAAAAGGAAGGAAAAUUUCCCCGUGAUGGUCUUGUCCCAAACUACAUCUUUCCCUUUAAUGUCUGGCUUUGUACAUUGCUGUCUGACUGUCUAAUCUGCAGUAGACUUUUGAGGAGGUGGCACCGGAUGUUAAAAUGUCUCUGUUAUUUUUAGAAUUAAUGGAUUAAAAUGUUUUGCUACUUAA